AUGGACAACCGCUCCCAGCCUGGGCCCAUUCGCAUGAGACACGGGCCUCGUGUGCACGUGGCUCUGGGGACUCUGAGCUGGCUCUGCCCACAUCCCACUCACUGUCUGGAGAUGCAAACAGACCAAAAAGCUCCAGUCCUGACAUUCAUGGGGCUGCUGUGCUCUUUCCAGAGCUGUUUCAUCUGCUGCAAGAUGGGGGCCACCAUCACCUGCUGCCAGACGGCCUGCGACCGCACCUUCCACCUGCCCUGUGCCCCAGACGGACAAUGUGUCACCCAGUACUUCGGGGCCUACAGGUCCUUCUGCUGGGAGCACCGCCCACAGCAGGCACUGCGGCCACGUCCAAGCCAGGACAACACCUGCACCAUCUGCCUGGACACGGUGGAAGACAACAUCUCCUACAUAACCAUGGCGUGUCCCGCGUGCCAAGACGCCCGCUUCCACCGGCACUGCAUCCAGAGACUGGCUCUGCAUGCUGGCAUUGACUUCCGAUGCCCGCGUUGCCUCAAACAAGAGCCGUUCAUGACAGAAAUGCUCACCAUGGGGAUCCGACUCUCUAAGAGACCCCCAUCAUGGCAGAGUGACCCAGACGUCGGACCCUCAGAUCAGAGGCACGGCCGCUGCGAUGCCACAAUGUGCCUUUGUCCGGGAGGCAGGGAGCACUCGCAGGCACACGGACCCUGGCAACUGCGGCUCUGCAGCUCCUGCGCUGCUGAGGGCAUCCACCGACUCUGCUCCUCUUUGGGGAACAGCACCUGCUCCUGGGAGUGCAGCACCUGUGCUGCCACCGACACUGGUAGGCAACAAAGCUUUCAGCACUAUGCAAUCCACACAGGGACCACAAUGGGCCUGGCACCAGGGCCCUCGGCACAGCUUGGCUCCUGGAAAGGGCGGGAUACCACAGCGGCCUCUCCUGCCUGCAGCCUGGGGACUGUCCUGACAACCUUCCUUCUGCCUGCCCCUCUUUGCAGGUUCCACUGGCAAAUCAGACCUUGUGGGCCCCAAAACCUCAAGCACAGAACUGCUGACUCUGUCCCAGGACACGGUGCUCCUCAAGAGCAGCUGCUCCAUCAGCCCUCAGCAGGCCUUCAAGCAGGGCCUCGUGUGCACGUGGCUCUGGGGACUCUGAGCUGGCUCUGCCCACAUCCCACUCACUGUCUGGAGAUGCAAACAGACCAAAAAGCUCCAGUCCUGACAUUCAUGGGGCUGCUGUGCUCUUUCCAGAGCUGUUUCAUCUGCUGCAAGAUGGGGGCCACCAUCACCUGCUGCCAGACGGCCUGCGACCGCACCUUCCACCUGCCCUGUGCCCCAGACGGACAAUGUGUCACCCAGUACUUCGGGGCCUACAGGUCCUUCUGCUGGGAGCACCGCCCACAGCAGGCACUGCGGCCACGUCCAAGCCAGGACAACACCUGCACCAUCUGCCUGGACACGGUGGAAGACAACAUCUCCUACAUAACCAUGGCGUGUCCCGCGUGCCAAGACGCCCGCUUCCACCGGCACUGCAUCCAGAGACUGGCUCUGCAUGCUGGCAUUGACUUCCGAUGCCCGCGUUGCCUCAAACAAGAGCCGUUCAUGACAGAAAUGCUCACCAUGGGGAUCCGACUCUCUAAGAGACCCCCAUCAUGGCAGAGUGACCCAGACGUCGGACCCUCAGAUCAGAGGCACGGCCGCUGCGAUGCCACAAUGUGCCUUUGUCCGGGAGGCAGGGAGCACUCGCAGGCACACGGACCCUGGCAACUGCGGCUCUGCAGCUCCUGCGCUGCUGAGGGCAUCCACCGACUCUGCUCCUCUUUGGGGAACAGCACCUGCUCCUGGGAGUGCAGCACCUGUGCUGCCACCGACACUGGUAGGCAACAAAGCUUUCAGCACUAUGCAAUCCACACAGGGACCACAAUGGGCCUGGCACCAGGGCCCUCGGCACAGCUUGGCUCCUGGAAAGGGCGGGAUACCACAGCGGCCUCUCCUGCCUGCAGCCUGGGGACUGUCCUGACAACCUUCCUUCUGCCUGCCCCUCUUUGCAGGUUCCACUGGCAAAUCAGACCUUGUGGGCCCCAAAACCUCAAGCACAGAACUGCUGACUCUGUCCCAGGACACGGUGCUCCUCAAGAGCAGCUGCUCCAUCAGCCCUCAGCAGGCCUUCAAGCAGCACUGCGGCCACGUCCAAGCCAGGACAACACCUGCACCAUCUGCCUGGACACGGUGGAAGACAACAUCUCCUACAUAACCAUGGCGUGUCCCGCGUGCCAAGACGCCCGCUUCCACCGGCACUGCAUCCAGAGACUGGCUCUGCACGCUGGCAUUGACUUCCGAUGCCCGCGUUGCCUCAAACAAGAGCCGUUCAUGACGGAAAUGCUCACCAUGGGGAUCCGACUCUCUAAGAGACCCCCAUCAUGGCAGAGUGACCCAGAGGUCGGACCCUCAGAUCAGAGGCACGGCCGCUGCGAUGCCACAAGGUGCCUUUGUCCAGGAGGCAGGGAGCACUCGCAGGCACACGGGCUUGGAAGACAACAGUCAGGAGGAGAAAUGCCAGCAGGGCAGCGCAAGAGACGCUCCGGCCGCUUGCCAACAAACUCUCCUAGAUCCAAGAGGGCACGGCCAGAAACUGUCCCCAAGGAAAAAGACCCCCAUCAUGGCAGAGUGACCCAGACGUCGGACCCUCAGAUCAGAGGCACGGCCGCUGCGAUGCCACAAGGUGCCUUUGUCCAGGAGGCAGGGAGCACUCGCAGGCACACGGGUGCACCCACCAUCACCCAACCUUGUCCUCUCCUCCAAGCCCUCUACCCACUGCUUGAUUUGUACCUCGACCCUGCCUACACUUUCCCCUUUAUAAACCCCCUGCCAUCCCGCUUCGGCCCACCAGCUCACCCCUGA